AUGAUCGCUUCGAGCGGGGCUUUGACUCCCGAUAUGGUUUAUACGGUUUUUAAUAUGUUUCGCUUCAUUUAAACGCAUGAUUCUGAAUUAAGGGCAAAAAACCCCGCGGGCGGCCUGGAAGAAAGCCAAAAGUCGUUGUUCCUCCUCCUGUCGUGACUGAUGAUGAUGGAGAAGGUUACUGUGUCCAGAUUUUGAAUGUCAAGUCGUCGCUCAAGCUCCGCCCCUAAUAACACUAUAAACCAAUCAGAGAGCUAGCCAUCCACUGAGCGUUUUUGAGUGACGUUAUUGGACUUGACAUUCAAAACCUGAACAGACUAUAUUUUUCAAAUUUCCUUGCCGAAACCGUCUCAAAAACUUGAAAUAAAAAUGAAAUCAGCUCUUAGCUUCGAGACCUUCAUGAACUUUGUUUAUGCUCCUUUAAAUACUUCCGUUAAGAGUUUUCAAACAAGAGAUAUUUUCAAAGCUUUCCCGUAUAAUUUUCCGUGUUUUCCAGACAGCUCCGACUCGGUCCGCCGUCGAAGUACACGCGAACGGAAACCCAACCCGAAAUUUUAUUCGCCAAAAAAAUAUUCGGGAUACGAGAAAAGUGUUGAUAAUAAUGGAAGAAGGGUUAAUUUCAGCUUUUUUUUUUCAAAUUCAGAAAGCAAUUGAUGUGGAAAAUGAAGGUGUAAUUAAUGGAAAAUGAUAUUUUUACGUAGGUUUUUCAAAUUUCUAGAAAUUUAAGGCAAUAUUCGAGCAAAAAAAGUUUUUUCUAUCGUUAAUAGGCUCCAGAGUGGUCCCUAUAGGGGCUACAUUACGGUCCUUGAAGGUUCCCUUUUAGGGACCUUUUUGCCUUCCCUAGCGUUAUUGGACUGAGAAAAUAUUUUUCAUUUUAAAAUCUGACCAAAGAAUAGAAAGACCUUCUAGGGAGCACUUGAGCUUUAGGAACUGAGGGAUCACAUCGGUAACCCCUUUUUUCAAGCCCGGAGCUGAUUUUUCCCUUAUCCCUCUAGGGACCGCUUCGGCUUUCCUACAGUGCCGUCAGACUUUGGUCACACCUUUCUUGUCAGGAAUUCAGUUUUCCGGAAAGUUUCUGAAGCUGCGUUUUUUUUCUGAAACUCCAUCAGAGUGUUCAAAAUAACAGUCAUCACAACUUCAAAGAGUUUCAGAAAGAUUGAAAAAACCCGAUUUUCUCGUAUCUUUUCUGACGGUACUGUAUAGCCGAUUCACGGCUAACUUGAGACGCUAAGAGGGCGUGGCCUGUCUGCGCACUCCACCAAUUAAGAACUGUUUCUUUUAUUCGUGCCAGGACCCUUUUUAGAUGGCUCACGCUAGCCGUGAAUCAGCUAUAUGUCCACUAAACAUUUUUACUCUGUUACAGCGCGGUUUCGAGCCGAAAGAAGAUGAUUAUGCGAUCCGUGAAUCGAUCGAUUUUGUUGACGAGAAGUCGGAAGACGAUGACGACGAGGUUGUUUCUCAGGAAAUUUCAGUAAAAAACGAUCAGUGUUGCAUAAAAUCCUGGUUCCUAAUUUGUGAAGAACGUUCAGUCGAACAUUUUUGAACCAAUAAAUCAGUAUUUAAAAAAAAAUCAUGAUCUGAGAACUGAUUUUUCAAGUUUGAUACACUUCAAUUCACUCAUUUUGAGCAGAUUUGUGUUCUAAAUUUUUAUAAUUUUUAGCGAAAUUAAGGAAAUUUCAGUAAAUUUCCAAUUUAUCAUAAAUUUUGAGCAUUUUUUAAAAUUCCCUCAUGAUUCUGAUCAUUUUCUGUGAAGGAUUCCGACUGGGAGACGGCACGGAAGCGACGUCGCACCGGACAGAAACCGGCGAUAUCGCGAGUCGGCCAAAUGGCCGUGGUUCCCGUCAAGAAACGCCCAUAUGUCUAUGGCGUUCAGCAGUAUCCUCCGGAUGAAUUGGUGAUUUGAAAAAAAAGAUUUUAUCAUGAGAUAGCUGAAAAAAGUCCGGUUCAAGUCGGAGAAGAAAUAUUUGUCAGUAGAGCGCGAAUGAUGCUGAAGUAGCUAUUUCGAAAAUGUUGCUUUGAAUUGCUCCAACGCAUGAAAGGCAACGAAUAGGUCACCAGCCAUCUAGGGAUCACUUAGGUUUUACAAAGCACUUAAGGGAUCCCUCAAUGUUUGAAAUGAAAAAAAAAUUGGCGAUAGAGCGCGAAUGAAGCAGAAAUUACCUACUUCGAAACGCAAAAUAAAUAAUUUUGAUAUGAGAAGACAACGGAAAGGUCACCAGGCUUUUAGGGAUUACAUAGGUUUCUCGAGGCACUCAAGGGAUCACUAGAAUGUUUGAAAUAAGGAAAAUUGGCGAUAGAGCGAGAAAAUGCUGAGAAAUAGCUGUUUGGAAACUUUUAUCGAAAAUAUUCAUGAAUUUGAAGCGACAACGCACGAAGGAACGGUUCUUAGCCAUUUAGUGAUCACGUAAGUGAUUCCAGCGCACUUAAGUGGCCACUAGGAACAUCUCAGGAACCUCCAGUUCGUGUCUGACAUGUGAGAAAAGGACAUUUGUCAAUAGCGCACGAAUAAAACGGAGUGCUAAUAGAUUUUUCUUUAUAUUGCUUCAUAAAUGCAUCCUCAGCCAUUUAGUGGUCCCUUUAGCAACUUCAGCGCACUUAAGGGAUCACUGGGAUGCCUGCGAAGAAGAAGUUUGUCAGUGGAGCGCGAAAAGGCUGAGAAAAAAAGAAAAAUAUCUCAUUUGAAAAUGCUCGCACCAGCAUUGGACGAUUCUGAGUGAUCAAUUAAGAGGGCUGACAUCGCUAAAGGGAUCACUAGUAAUUCUUAGAAACGUCCGAUUCCCGAAUACAUCAUUGAAUUUGAAGCUGCGAUGCAUGAAGGGCCCCGGAAUGCCCCCGUUGCUGCCCCACACGUUGUCCUACAAACGCGAGGCCAACAGCAUUUUCCUGCCCCCGAUCGACGCCGACAUGAUCCAGGGCAAUGGAUUGUGAGAAUCAGCUGGAAAUUCAAACCUGACCGGAAGAAUUCCAGAAAUGCCAGUGUCGUGACCUACACGGACUCGGACUUCAAAUACGCGCGCGCCGUCCCGAAAACCAAGGCCGACCAUGCAGAUCCCGAGAAAGUGCGCGCCAUCAUCGCCGCCGUCAAGAAGUAUCCUGGUGAAUAAAUGAGUUUCCGAAAGAUUUUUUUUUUGAGACCCAACAAAUCCCCGAUUUUCACCAUUUUUCGGAGAAUCUUAACGAAAAAUUGGCUGCAAAAAAGCCUAUCUACAAAAAUCUUUCUAGCUUUAUGAUUUUCCCAAUUUUCCAGUGAUCUGGGACCAACGUCUAACCUGUCACACGGAUCCGAAGUACACGCAUCGCGCUUGGCGUCAAAUCGAAGAGCAACUGAAGUUCGACCCGCAACAGUACCCUUUGCGCCGUCUCAAGCAGAUCUGGAAGAACAAGAAGGACUAUUAUGUGACCGCCACUCAUGCGGGAACCAUCGAGUCGCGUUGGACCUUCACCAAGUUUUUAUUUUUGAUUUAUGCCGUGUUCAAAGUAAUUUCGCGAAAUGCAAAAUGAUCUCUGAUUCUCCGAAUUUCAGUUAUAUUUUUCUUUCUCUGACGGCUAUUUUGCAUUUCGCGAAAUUACUUUGAACACGGCAUUAAAAAGGAGUUUGGAACCUUGAAAAACGGAAAACACCGGAGUUUAGAUCUGGAAAAAAGAUUCCUAAAUUCCAAAAGAGAAACAUUUUUUGGGUAAGCCUAGUGAGUACUUGAAAAAAAUACCGUAUCGUUCUAAUUUUGCUCAAUUUUUGGAUUUUUUGAUUUUAAUUACCUGGAAAUUUUCAGUCUAGAUUUAUUUAGAUUUGAAAAAUAUAUACAUAAGUUUACGGUAGGCAGUGGUCAUUUGGGGGUCCAAGGAAAAAAUAACCGAAAAAUCAGCCGUUCAAAACUAGCAAGAACAUUAUAAAAAAAUGGCCACUAAGCGUCCAAAAAAACGAGCCUAAUGAACUUGAUUACAUGCGCUGUUGAAAAUAGGUCCGAAAACUUGAAUUUUGAAGAAAAUUUGAAAAAAAAAUUGAAGAAAAUGUUCAAUGGACUGGUUAUUUUAUUUUCUUUUUAGUUGGUCAAAGGGGAAUAGUGAUUUUCAACUCUGUAAUAGGCUUUCUGACUCAAUUUUUCCUGACUAGAAAAGUUCUGGUUGUACGUAGAAUGGCUUAAAUUUGUCGGUUAAAUUUAGCAGCUCGCUUUGAAGUUGUUGAAUGAGGAUCCAAGGCGAAAGUCGUUUUUGGGUCGGGCGCCAAAGCAUAUUUCGAAAUUAUAAGGCGGGAAGAUAACAUGACGUUUUUCUUCAAAAUUACUCACAUCUUUGCUUUUUUUUAGUACACUGUUUGAUUCGCAAUCAAAAGCUGUACGAGGUGCUGCUUCCACCUCAAAACCCGUUUUUUUUACUGCCCCUAUGCCUUCAAGGCAUUUUCCACGCGUAGUGGUUUGUGUGAAGAAAAAAUAAAAUCAAGAUUAAUUUUUAUGGACGCUGAUUUUGAAGUAUUUUCCUGAAUCCAGCUGUUUUUUCUUCUAAGAUUUCCAUUAUGAGAGAAUUUUUGGUAAAGUCAAUACUAGGGAACUGGGUUUUGACGGUUCAUGAAGCCUGAAAGCAAGCUUUUUAUCCUGAGCUUUUUCUUCAAAUAUUUUUAAAGUCGUAAUUUAGAAAAUUAUCACACAGAAAUUCUCACUAGGGACCUGGAAUUCUACCGUCCCUGCAUCAACUACCGGCUCCAACACACGGUGAACUCUCGAAUCGUCGACGAUAAUGGACUCAGCGAGAAGUUUCUGAUCGCCAAGAGGACCUUGAUCUGCAGCAGCGACGAUAAGCAGAACGUCUUGAGGUGCAAAAAAAAAAAUUGAACACAAUUCCUUUAAAGUUUUCAAUUUUCACUGAAAUUUUGACUUAAAAAUUGAGUCUCACUUAAUUUUAACCUUAAAAUCCGGCUAGAUAACCGCUAUUUCAGACUUUUCACUCCCUAGGCCUGAAAAUUUCAUAAAAGCAAAAUUUAGAGACUUGGAAAAUACUAGAUUUUUCGCUGAUUCCAAAAAUACCCUCUUUAUCGGUCUUUCUUCUCCUUUUGACCCAAAAAUUUGCUUUGAAAAAUCGAUUUUUUCAUCAACUUCAAAAAUCAUCUUGGUUCAGCUACUUGCUCAAGAUGGUGAAGGACGCCUCGGCGCAAGGCCCAGAAAAAGUCGCAGAACUUCUUCACGAGAUCGAGAACAUCUUCACGAAAAACUAUCGGCGAAUCUAUCGUGAUGAGGCGAAAACCCCACCCCGUCGUGUCUCCAUGAAACAAAGCCACAAUCCUGAAUGA